AUUAGCUACUAUGAGCUUGCUAUAUAGUGAUAACAGUUGUGGAGCCCGAGACGUGGAAAGCGGCUGCUGUGCAGCCAUGGCCAGUGCCUGCAGCGCUGGAGCGAAAGAAGACAGCGUAAGCGUCAGCAGCGGGACUGGAAACCCUCCCAGUUCUUUCACAGAGGAAACGCAAGGAUACGAUGUGGAGUUUGAUCCACCCUUGGAAAGUAAAUAUGAAUGUCCCAUCUGUUUGAUGGCUCUUCGGGAAGCAGUGCAGACACCAUGUGGGCACCGUUUCUGCAAAGGCUGCAUUGUCAAAUCAAUAAGAGAUGCAGGUCACAAAUGUCCAGUAGACAACGAAAUUCUGCUCGAAAAUCAACUUUUUCCUGACAACUUCGCUAAACGGGAAAUCCUGUCAUUAACGGUGAAGUGUCCCAACAAGGGCUGCGGCAUGAAGAUGGAGCUGAGGCAUUUAGAGGACCACCAGAUGCAGUGUGAUUUUUCUACUGUGGAAUGCCCACAGUGCCAAGGAGCCUUCCAGAAGAACCAUCUGAAAGAGCAUAUGACACAGGAGUGUCCGAGGCGUCAAGUCUGUUGUCCAAACUGUGCCACAUCUAUGGCCUAUGAAGAUAAAGAGCUUCAUGACCAAACCUGCCCACUCGCCAAUGUAUUUUGUGAAUAUUGCAACACAGUGCUCAUCAGAGAGCAGAUGCCUAACCAUUAUGACAAUGAUUGUCCUACUGCCCCAGUGCCAUGUUUUUACAGUGCCUUUGGGUGUCCUGAAAAGAUGCAAAGGAAUGAACUGGCACGACAUAUGCAGGAGUUCACUCAGGUUCACAUGAGAAUGAUGGCUCAGAGUUUUCAAAAUAUCAGUGUUACUGCUACAAAUCCUGUACCCUUCAUCAAUGAAGUUGAAAACUUCAAAGAAACUAUACAGCAGUUGGAAGGUCGUCUGGUAAGACAAGAUCACCAGAUCAGAGAACUCAUUGCCAAAAUGGAGACUCAGAACACUCACAUGGCAGAACUCAAACGUACUAUCCGAAAUUUGGAGGGAAAGAUUACUGAAAUGGAGGCACAGCAAUGUAAUGGUAUUUAUAUCUGGAAGAUUAAGAACUUCAGUGGACUUCAGAAAGCCCAGGAAGAAGAGCGACCUGUUGUGAUGCACAGUCCUGGCUUCUAUACUGGCAAGCCUGGCUACAAGCUGUGUUUGCGCCUGCAUAUCCAAUUACCAAAUGCUCAGCGUUGCGCUAAUUUUAUAUCUCUGUUUGUCCACACUAUGCAAGGAGAAUAUGACAGCCAUCUGCCUUGGCCUUUCCAAGGCACUAUACGACUUUCUAUUUUGGAUCAAUCAGAAGGCCCUGAAAGGCAGAAUCACGAAGAAGUAAUGGAAGCCAAGCCAGAGUUACUAGCCUUCCAGAGACCAACAAUUCACCGCAAUCCAAAAGGUUUUGGUUAUGUGACUUUCAUGCACCUGCAAACCUUGAAACAAAGAACCUUCAUAAAGGAUGAUACCCUUCUGGUGCGCUGUGAAGUUCUAACGCGUCUGGAUUUCAACAGUCUUCGCAGAGAAGGAUUUCAAGCUCGCAGUACUGAUGGAGCCAUGUAGCCUCUAAGUCUUAACCAGAGGAAUGGAGCCACUAGUCGUCAUCUUCCACCACAGAUUACAAGCGUGCUUCAUCACCCGUACAGGCUGCAUUUGUAAAAGAUCAUAGUUGCCAACAUAGUUGAUCUUCAACUGAAUAGAACUUUCUUGUUGCUGGUAUACUUUUUUUU